UCACAACAGUGCAGCCCAACAUUGGAAUGGCAGAAUUCAGUGAUAGACGUCAAAUCAGCAUUGCAGAUCUUCCCGGUUUAAUAGAAGGUGCUUGGGCAAAUAUUGGCAUGGGGCACAAAUUUCUUCGACAUGUUGAGAGAACCAAGCUACUUCUCUUUGUAGUUGACGUCAAUGGUUUUCAGUUGGGACCUAAACAUCCACACCGGAAUGCAACAGAAAAUAUUAUUCUUUUGAAUAAGGAGUUGGAGAUGUACUCACCAGACCUGAUUGAGAAACCUGCCUUACUUAUGAUUAACAAAAUGGACUCUAUACAUGCUGAAGACAAUCUUAAGAAACUUCUUAAAGAUCUUAGCCAGAUGAAGGAACUAUGUAUGGAUUUCCCAGACGAAUUCCGCCCCAAUCAGUUAGUGACAUUUGACGACAUUAUACCAUGCUCAGCCAGAGAAAACAGAGCUUCAGUAAAUUUUGUAAAAGACCGUCUCCGUGAGCUUCUUGACUUUUAUGGAGAUCAGGAAAAGGAUCAAGAAAGACUGGAUACUACAGCUAAGGAAAAAGUUAGAAGACAACUAAUUGAAAAGAGUAACCCUUUAAUGUGAUUUAUGUAAUAUAGAAAUUAACAUGCAUUCAUUAUAUAAAAAAAAUGUAAACUGUCAAAUAAAUAUAUAUAUACAAUA